AUGAAGGCACAGAAUUUUAACCAUGGGGACUUUAAAUAUAAUAGUAUAUUAAGCGUUGGAGAAAAUAAAAAGGUGCUUGAAUGUGAAUUCCAUGGACAGACAAUUGUCCUAAAGUGCACUGAUUUGUCAAAGAAACCCAAUUGUCUGGAUGAAUUGUUAAACGAAGUUAAAAUUUAUAAAUCUCUUGCUAAACUUCAGGGGAUAUAUAUUCCAGAAUUGUUGUUUUAUGGCGAUUUGGCAAGUAUAAUGAGCUUUGUUAUGGAUAUGUUCAUGGUUGGCACUAUGUUAAGUCAUCAUAAGAUAGAUAAAAAGCAAAAGAAGAGGGCUUUCAGAGCAUUAAAUAAGAUUCAUGAUUAUAAGAUUCUUCACAAUGAUAUUCGUAAGAAAAAUAUCCUGGUUGACAAAAAAGGAUAUGUGUAUUUGACCGAUUUUGGAAUGUCAAUUCGAAAUGAUGAUGAGGAGCUGUUUAGUAAAAAGAAGUUUGAGUUAUCCCGUUUAUUAGACUGCCAUAUGUGA